AUGCGAUUAUUCACUGCCAUCAGGCUGUUCUCACUGCUGGCUGGCACCGUCCAGACAGCCAGCACCGACACCGCCAAUUGGUUCGACAAGCCGUUCGGCAUGUUCCAAAUCAACCUGCGAGAGAUAGACGUGGACAUGGACGUCAAUGCCACCGCCGACUUUAUCCAAGAUGUCGGCGGCAUACUCGCCAACUAUCCGACGAAACUCGACUUCCAAAUCAUCAACCCUCGUCUCCAGGACCGUGCCAGCGGAGACUUGGUUCAGGACUCCCUCGAUGCCGCAAGAGCACGAGGACUACGCCUCCUUGCGCGCGUCGACUUUUCCAAGGUCCAGCGUCAAGUAGCUGAAGCACACCCCGAGUGGCUCUACAUCUCGCCAAACGGGACUUGGCAGAACCACACCAACGACCUGGUCUCCGUCUGCCCGUCGGACGCGUGGUAUCAGGAGCGUAUAUUCGAUAUCCUGGAUGAGAUCACAGACUGGUACGAUCUGGAUGGCUUCUUCGUCAACUGGGCUGGUUUUAAUGAGAACGACUACUUCCACGUGUACCAUGGCGUUUGUCACUGCGCCAGCUGCAAAAAAGCCUGGGAUGAGCACAAAAAUGGCAAGGAGCUUCCAUACGGGCCCGAGGACGCCAACUACCGCGAGUGGAAGACGUGGAGCGACGGGGUGAUGGACGAGUGGACGAGACGCGUCCGAAACUUUAUUGCCCAAAAGUUACCGCAUGCCGGCCUCAUCCUGGGCGCGAGCUCAGACAUUCUCUUCUACGAGGCCAACAAUGCGAUUCAUCGUGAGAUAUGGCAUCACGCCACGUCGGAGACGGUCAUUCGACUCAAGUCAGAGCGUCCAGAUACACCCGUCCUUGUUAACUGCGCGUCGUUCCUCGACCAUGCGUACCGCAUCACCUCGGAAGACCCGCACCACUUUGCGCAAUAUCAUGUGCAGGCCAUCUCGAGGGGCGCUAACCCGUCGACGUACAUCAUUGGCGUGCCUAGCACGAUACCCUGCCCGGGCUUUGAGCAGGCUGGUGAGAUCAUCCGCUUCCAUAGGGCUAACGCGGACGUGUACUCUGGCAUGCCGUCGUCCGCGUUGACAGCUCUCGUUAUGCCACCGGGUUCGCAGGUCGGUGAGCCGCAUUAUCAGACUGAGGCGCUGUCAGAGUACAAGGGAUUGUACAAGGCUAUGCAGGAGCUGCACAUGCCUUUUGAUAUUGUCGACCAUCGGUAUAUCGUGGACAUGGCUGAGACGGGCGAUCUGGGUCGGUAUCGAGUCAUCGUUCUCCCCAGAAUCGGCAGUCUGUACGACGAGGAUGCCGAGGCCCUGGACACAUGGGUCGCUACUGAGGGCACAGUCAUCGUGACGGGCGCCAUUCGCACGGAUGAUAACGACGUACCUCAGCUUCAGUCCCUUCCGGCUUCCAAAAUGAGGGAGAAUAUAACAGACACGCAGGAGCUGACCUAUGAGUGGAAGAAUGGCUCCACGGGUCUCUUCAAAGAGCUCGGCUAUGCGCCGUUUGCGCCGCCCGAGUACAUCUACGGCAAUAUCCAAAUCGACGAGCGCGCUGUUGGAAUUGGAUCAUACGGCAAGGGAAAGGCUGUGCUCUUCACGGCUCCUGUGGGAUGGGGCUACCGGGAGACCGGCCUCAGCGUGUUUCGCGAUCUUUUUGAGUUAGUUCUUUUCGAGGUCGGUGCGGAAGAACCGUUACCGUUCAACUUUGCUCCCCAGAUGGAGGUGACCGUCAACACGAGCGGCAAUAACGAUCAUACACUUAAUUAA